AUGGCCGGAGUCAUGAUGUGCGCAGCAGUCCGCAAUUCAGCUUAUCCUUUUGUCCGCCGGUGGUUUGAGCCUAAGUGUCACGGCCGGCGCUUGUCCAAUAUAGAUAAGGUGUUCUUGGGCAUUGGAGUUGGAGCGAGUAGGGUCAAGGCGAUCAGCGGGCAGACCAUGUGGGGGGGGGCCCACCAAGCGGAUCAACGGGGCGGAGCAGGGAAGCUGUUCAAGGUAUCGAAAGUGUGCAACUCCAUCGGCCAUUUUGGAGACACUACUUUGAAAUUGCAUCACGAGGACCUCUUACCAUGCUACGACCUUCCGCGGGGUGGAAGCUCAUACCGGACGAUGCGCACAGGUGGCGAUCGGCAGAACGCAGCGAGCUGGAUCCGAGAACGUACACGCCCCAGCACGCGAAACCCAUACAUUCGGUGGUACCAGCAAAACAAGACGCUGGUAUGGGGUGCUGCAGCUGCUGCUGUUACCCUUUACGCUACGUAUAAGGUGACAGCGAGCGCUGCCCCUUUGAAAGAUGAAAAGGAUGGCGUGGAGCGGCCGGCACGGAAUCAGCAAAGCCAAUUCUUGCGGCUGCGGAACAUGAUGAAGAACUAUUCCACGGCGGCUUCAACAAUUGCAGAGACUGCCGCACUUGUGUCGGGGGACCUGCAAGCGUUUCUGACCUCCGACUCAUCGGAGUUGCCGCAGAGCCUUCGCCAGCUUAACAAGCUUUUCCAGGCAUCAGAGCUGCAAGAAACAGUGUCGACUUUCACGGCUUCCGUUGUUCGUGGCGUGGCAAAGGCAACUGGUGGGCCCCAGUCUCCCAAUGCCCCGCCGUUGGUGGACACCAUCAUCGAGGCCGUGUUGUCAGAACGCGGCCGGGGACUCAUCGGUAUGGCCGUUGGUGUCGCCAUGCGGAACUCCACCACUGCGGUCUGCGAAUUUAUUGAGCGGCGUAUGGAAUCUGCGACAUUGAGCUCGGGGUCCGUCUCCGGUCUGGGCGUGAAGGACAUCCUUGACCUGCUGGCAAGCGACCAGGGCGAAAAGGUCCUCACCAUGCUCCUCACGCACAGCAUCCGCACGGCAGUCACCUCCUACGUGGACGCUACCGCCGGCUACAACCUGUACAACGACAUGCUGGCUAGCCUGGUCAAGCAGGAGCAUCGCGACGCGCUGACCGACCUGCUCAGCCGCAUCUCCGCAUCUUUCUGCAGAGAGGCCGUGCUGUCAUACCGCCGCGCAUCCGCAAUGGGCGCUGCCUCCUUUAGCUUUCCCAGCGGCACCGCUGCCUCCGCCUCCACCUCAGCACCCUCCCACACCCCGGCCAAUCACGCCUUCGCCUCCAAACACUCUGCAGCCAACGCAACCACGAUUGCCAUGGUUGCAAACGAGCCCGGGGUACCCGCGGAGGCGUCCCGCGCGGUCUCUCUGCCCGCGGUCAAGUCCAACGGACACCUGCCAGUUGCACAGGCGAACUUGAGGUCGUCACAAAGCUCGCAACUGAAUAAGCAGUACAGCCUCGGAAGCAGCAGCGGCUUUCUCGGCGGUGUGAGCAGCAAUGCAUUGGCUGCGGCUCUGGGGCGUGGCAUGGUGGCGCAGGCGCCGCCGGCCUGGUUGCGGCAGGUGGUUGAGUUGGUAAGGGAGCGGGACGUCCGGAGCUUGGCGGUGGAUAUGGUCAAACACGCGAGCAGGGAGGCAACCCGCGGGGCCGUGGAGGGAUUUCUGCAGGGUACGGCGACGGGCGGCUCUGAGCAAGUUGGCAGCGGAGUGCUGGUGUUGCCGCCGAGCGCCGCGGGCUACAAGCUAUUUGUGAUGGCCACCCUCGCAGUCUCGCUCUGCACGUAUGUCCUGUCGCCGCGGGUAAUGCUGCUCUGA